AUUUCCUCCCCCUCCUCCUUCUUUAUCUGCAGCCAGGGCCAAAAUAAGCAUCGGCAGCAGAGCGCCCGAGGCUCGGACACCUUCUUUCCCACUGGCCACUGCACUGCUUCUGAGUCAGAGGGGUCCACGGCAGCGGAAUCACCAUGAAGACCACCAUGGUUCCUGUGCUCCUUCUGCUCGCGUCUGUCCACCUCUUCACAGAAGUUUCAACAGAGAACUCCACUGGGCAAACUGCACUAUCGCCAACAAUAAAGAUGACAACAGUCUCGACAACUAAGUCAGUCACCGCACAAAGCAACCAGACAGAACAGACGACACAACUUUCAGUGACAAAUAUCACAACAGUACCCGCUGAGCCUCCAGCUGUGACCACCAUGGAGCCCACUUCUCCUAUAAAUGCAACUACGACCCACAAAGCUGUGACCACUGCAACCCCGGUUGUUCCCCACACGGACAAUCAAACUGUGAGAAAUGACACUCCUGAGCCGGGGCCUUCACAGGCUCCGACCCCGAGCCACCACUCAAAUAACGGGACGGAUGUCACUUCACUCAGUCCAACUCUGAAAAAUGAAACUGUGGGGGCGAGAUCUUCUCCAACUACAAAACCAAGCAGCCGCCCUGAGACGAGAGAGACUUCCUCUGUUCCAGGACACGAUCAACAGGCAAAACCAGGUAAAGGCACCACCGCUCGUGCCCCAGGUCCCCAGAUUCCGGCAGGGGGUUAUAUGAAAGAGCCGCUCAAACCAGACAAAAGGCUGUGGUGGAUCCUGGCGCCCGUCCUCCUGGUCGGAGCUGCCGCCGCCAUCGUCCUGAAGUUCAGAAGCAAGAGAAUCAACGACCACUCAGAAAACAUUGACACUGGCACUGAGAACGCAUCCUUCCAGAGCAGGCCCGAGAGCACCAAAGAUGGCGUCAUGCUCCUCGGGGUGAAGUCGUGCGUCGGGGAGGAAAACGCUGCUGCAAGAUAAAAGAAAACUGGAGGGUGGGAACAUGAAGAUCAGACAGAGGAUGAGUCACAUCUGUCCCCCACCUACUGAUCUAGCGGAGGAGCAGUUUAGAUGCUUUCAUGUUAAUUUGUGAAACAUAGUGUUGUGUGGAGCCGAGACGUGUGGAGCAAUGGUUUUCAUGUAUGAUUCUGUAUGCUGACGGCAGUUUGAUGGAGCAGUGGGCGUGACUGCGAUGAUGAAUCUCAGAGCAGGUGAACCUGUUGUGGUGAGCGCUGGGCUACAUUCUCAGUACACUGUUGACUCAAACCUGCAAAAGUACAGCUGCAUCACUCAUUUCUGUCCAAAACAUGUUUCCUGUACAGUGCACUGACCUCAGAUCUGUCACAUAUUUGAUGUAAUGAGUGUCUCUUUCAUAGUUUUAGAAUUAUCCGUCGGUUUUGAAUAUAGCCUGUCUGUGUGUCUGUUUGUGUGUUUGUGUGUGUGUUUGUGUGUGUGUGUGUGUGUGUGUAUGUGUGUGUGUGUGUGAGUGUGUGUGUGUGUGUGUGUGUUUUAGAGUUACGUAAUUAAGUUUUUUCAGUAAAUACACAUUCGAUCAUACAAUGAAUUAGCAACAGGUAUGUAUUUUAAAGACACUGGAACUGCUUCAUAUCUGGAAUUUCUUGUUCAACCUCAACAUCCUGAAUAAAUCACUAAAAAAAAGAUUUUUGAAAUAAUCUUUGGUUAUUUGUUUGUUGGUUUGCACAGGAUGGACUGGAAUGCUGAAUCCAGAUAUUUUAUUACAAAGAAAUUACAACAUUUUGUGGGUCCAGGAAUGACCUUAUUGUGACCAGUUAUAGCUUUGUAUUGCAUUUGUAAGUUUGUUUUGUUAUUUCCUCUGGAGAAAAAGUUGUAAUUUUCUUUUUAGUUUCACAAGAUUUGCUAUAUUAUUAUUAUUGUGGAAAUAUCUUUAUAUGAAGAAAAAAAAUGACAAGUAUAAACAAAGAGAAAAAUAAAUGAAUUCAUCAAUAAAUACA